AGUAGCUGAGAGGAGCCCUUUGUAGUGCAGGACCAUGGGGUGGCUCCUCAGCCAUCAGCAGGCCUGCCUGGGCAGCACUGCUUGCUCUUGGUCAUACCUCAGUGGUUUACAGGAGCUGCUUAAAACCCACCGCCUGCACAGUCAGAGGUGGAGUUGGAGCAAUGGGCAAAGUAGACUGUUGCCCCUGUCUUCCACACUUCAUUGGAAGUCAAGUACCAUGGUCUAAAACUAUCCAGUUGUUGCAUACCUGCAUCAAGCUGGAUGUUUUGAGGAAGCUUCAGGAAGAACGGUACAUGCAUUUAUACAGAGUCAGAUUUACAGGUCUGUCAACACAGAGCACCAACUUGCUGCACCAAAAAAAUGGAAGAAAGCUACCAGGCAGCUGUUAGAAGGGAGAGGACUCAAAGUAUCCAAGCACUGAACUUUGAACUGAAGUACAUGAUUGUUGGUCACAUCACAGCUUUUCAAGAGGCCUUUGAGUCUUUGCUUCGCUUUGCUGAAAACCGCACAAGUUCCCUGUUUGAGACAGCUUACAGACCUAUGGCAAAAGAAGCAGCAGAGCCUGUUAAAGAACUUUUUACAGACAUCUCUCUCUACAUUCUGGGUGCGGAGACUACAGUGGAAAGUGCAGUAUUACGGUUCUUUGACAGUCUCUUUCCCCUGGUGUAUAGUCGGCUAAUAAACCCAGGAAUUACAGAUUUAUCAGAGGACUAUACAGAGUGUCUACGGCUUACAAGGCAAGACAUAAAUCCUUUUGGACACUAUUCUAAAAACAUGGUUACAGAGCUGUCAAAAUCUCUUUGGGCAAGUAGGAUGCUGAGCCAGGCUCUCAGUCUGGGCAUUGAAGUGAUAAAUACUACUGAACAUACAGCUCUCACGAAGGAAUGUAGCAAAGCUCUAGUGAAGAUGCAGUAUUGCCCACAUUGCCAGGGCCUGACGCUCAUCAGGCCCUGUGUUGGAUAUUGUCUAAAUGUAAUGAGGGGCUGCUUGGCCAGUGUGUCAGAACUGGAUGCACAAUGGAGGGAGUAUAUCUCCACGCUGGAAUAUCUGACUAAUGAAAUGGCUGCCUCACAUGAUGUGGAAAUUGCACUGAUGGGAAUCUGGAGCUCCAUCAAUGAAGCCAUCCUGCAUGCACAGUUGAAUGGACCACAGCUCUCUGCUACAGUCGAUAAAGUGUGUGGACAGCCCAAACAGCAAGAAGGGAACCUGUCAUCAGACAAUAUAGUGCCAGUGAAGGAAGCGACUGCUGACACCCAGACAUUUGUGACGGCUCACGCUAGUCUGAACAAUAGAAGAAGUUCUCUGCCUCUGAAAGCUUCAAAGAAUGACAAAUCAAGAAGUCUGAAAAAAGUCUCUCGAGAGUUCAUCAAUUACAUGAAGCGAUCCCGAACCUUUUAUGCCUCUAUAGCAGAACGGCUCUGUGAUGGAGACCUGGUGAUGAGAGACAGCUCAACCUGCUGGAACGGAGAGGAUGUUGUAGAAAGUUACACCAGCAGAGUUGUUUCCAAUGGACUGAAGGCACAAAUUAAUAAUCCAGAACUAAAAGUCAGAGGACUGGACCCACUCAUCAGUAAUUUGAUUGACAAACUUCAGCACUUCAAUCAACUGGAUGCUGAGAAGGCAAAAUUAAAACUGGAAAGAUGGGCUUCCCAAGAUGCUGGCAGUGGUGGUGGAAGAAGUGAAGAGUUCGAGUCAAGUGGGGAUUGUGAUGAUGAAGAUGGCUGUCAAGGAUCCGGUGACAGGAUUCACACAGCAGAUAUAUUCAAGGACAAGAAAACCCAUCCAGAAAACAGAAACGAACCAAAACCGACUGUGAAAAAGAUUGACACCACAACUACCACAAGCACUGUCAAGUCAUCCUCUAAACACAGUGUAACUGGAAAUGGGAGCAGUCCAGCCCUGAGUUCCUCACUUGUUGUUUUAACAGCACUAGCAGUUCUGUGGCAUCAUCCACUGUAGCUACAUUGCCUUGCAGCCACUGCACAAGCCUUUCCUGUUCACUGUCGUUUAUACCUGCAGCCUUACCCAAGAGAAAAGGAAUUUAAAUGGCUCUCUAGUUUAUGUGAUAUGUUAGAAUAAAUAUUAAACAAUAUGCUGGAGUUGGCAGAUACCAGGUGUCAUGACUUACAAUGUCUGAAGAUAGGCUUUGACAAAGCCCACCGCAAUACAGAGACAGUGAUGGAAAUACCAAGGGAAUAAUUGCAAACACAGAAAUUGUGUACGUGUGUUACUGUUUUUCUCAGUUUCAUUUGCUGCGAUCUGACUGGCUGGGUUUGUUUGUUUAAUUUUUCUGAUAAAUUAUGUGGACGUUCAGUCUUCACAUUCAAGCCAAUACAUUAUUUUUCUAGUGAACAGCAAAAAAGCUAUGUCUACCAUUGUAAACCAUGUUAAAGUGAAGUACUUGCUCUCCACCAGCUUGAUGAAAUUCCUGAGUGGUCAAGAAGAUCAAAAAGCAUGUUUGAAACUUCCUUUCACUCUUACAGUUUAGAUUGUAGGCAGCAACAUAAGAGCAUAUGGUGUGUCUAAUAUAUCAGUAUAGUGGCCUUAACUAUGGAAAAAAUUCUAACCACUUUGUUUACUGUGGGAUAGAGAUAGUGAGUUUCCUAGCCCCACAAAAUGCCAUUACCAGAUGCAUAAGCAUAUGCUCAAGGCUUAUUGGAUGAUUGUCCAGCAGCAGUGGGAAAUGUGAAUAACCGUGUUUUAUCCAGCUGAAUGCAGCUCUGUACAGAUUAAGAAAGAGAUAAUUCAGUGCAAACUCACUUUGCCUAUGUGAUGUUAAAGAGAAACCAACUUAAAUUUCUCAUAAAGGUCCCAGAGAUAUAAAUUACUGGAAGUCCCAUUAGACAGUAACUAGAUUUUUGUGCAUUGUGCAUCUCUGAAAUCAACUGGUUUAUAAACUGUGUAUUAUUUAAUGACAUUUAAUGUUUAAAAUUUUGUGCCAUGGUAGGUGUAAAUGUAAACCAAUCUGAAAUCUGGCGUUCUUUGUUAUGCUUCAUCUUGAUUGCUAUUCUAGAAAAUGUCAAAAUGGGCAUCACAUUACAAGGCUAUUUUUUAAAAUCAGUGAUGCAUUAAUGCAUUUUGACUUUUUGGAUUAAAAAGUACUAUAAUAACUUCUAAUGGGUUAAGAGUAAAUAUGUGUUUUCCAACACCUGUUUACAGUGCCAUUGAAUAUAUAUAUACACAACAAACACCACUGUAUGAAUACAGUGAUUAAUGAUAAAUACAUGAAACAUUAGAAUUGUUCUAUUUACUACAUUUCAUAACUAUUACAACAUUUUAAUGGCUGUUUUCAUGUUGGAGACUUUUAUUAUGUACAGUUUUAUAAGAUGUAAUGUAAAACACUUGCCUUUGAUUUUUUUUGUAAAACAUCUCUUUCAUAUUUAGAGUUACACAGCCACUGACAUAACUCAAAAGAGGAACCCUAUAUCUUACUAAUCAACCUCAGGCAUUGUAUUGGCAACUUUGAUUAUAAAAGCCUGACUCAGAGAAGUUGCCAUGCGCCAGUAUUACUACUGGACAUCAUUAUAUAGGAAGUGGCAGUAACACAGAACAAGCAUACAGUAAGUGAGCAAAGAUUCAUGACACCUGCAUGUUUUCAGAUAGUAUUAGUGAACAUGUCUAUGUUUUAAUUACGUUUGCAAAAGUGGGGCUUGAGUGUUGUUUUUAAUUUAGGCUCUUAGAUUGUAUUUACAGACACAAAGCUGCACAAGCAGUGUCUCUGAAGUGGUAGCAGGUAGGUUUUCUAAAGGAUACUUCCGUUUUAAUGUUGAAACAAGGAGAUAAAGCGGGAAAAAUACUAACGUGAAAUAUUUUAUAUUGGAAUGCUGAUUUUUUAAAAUGGUAAGGCUGUUAUCAGCCCUAAGUAGUGCUUUCUGGUCAUACCAGUGAAAAUCAGUUUUCCCCAAAACACUAAAAUAGUUGUCCUGUGUUUCCCAGGGUUUGUGAGCUGUACCAGUCCUAUUGAACCAUACUUACAAAUACCACUUCUUCUAUUCAUUUUCAGAGCCCUUUGGAAAAGUGGACUUUUACCUGAGGAGGUGUUUAAGUCAUGUCAUUUGUACAGUGAAAGGACACCGUAAUUCCUUGUAGUCUUAAAGGAUCAGUUGUGAUGGCUGCUGUUAGGUUGGUCCCUGUGCACACACACAGAAAUGUACAUCAUGUGCAAACACUUGCCACCAGCUCCUCGGGUAACACCAAUCACUGUGGCUUCGCUGAAGCAAUUCCUAUCUGUUGCUUGUGAAACUGACCCCUUAUUUAGUAUUCUCACACUUAACAUGCUUAGUCAUUGUUCAGGCAAAUGUACCCACAUUUGCACUCAAGUUUCCAUCAGCAGUCCUUCGGGAUAGAGCUACAGAUUCAGGGCUGGGCUCUGACACUACCAGAUUUCAGCUGUGCAGUUUGCACUUUUCAGUUCUUCUCACCUGCAGAGAGAGAACUUGAAUACCCAGACUUGUAUGUCUUUUUGAGGUUUCUUCUGUAAGAGGUUUUGUGCUUUUAGCUCAGAGCAGUGAUUGGCUAGCCUACUAUGCUGCUGGUGCAGAGGAAUUUGCAGAAGCCUCGCAAUAGGCAGGUAUAGAAUAACUCAGCGAGGGACUUACUUGUUGUUGCUAAAUAUCAUUAUCUUGCUAAACAAAAACCUCUGGAAAACCAAGUGUUUGAAUUUGGGGUUUGGUUGGCAAAUAAUUAGUAUAACAUAACAUUCAUCUCUCAGCCUAAACAAGACAACCUUGUAAAGUUUCUGUAACAAAAGUAGACCAAGUUCAAACUGUGGGGAAAUAGAAUCAACUCAUUUCAUGGGAUUCAACCCCAGUAUUUUAAUAGACACAAUUUAUUUGAGAUGGAGAGAAGAGACUUCAGAGGACUCCACACCUAUUAAUACAGUUCACACUAACAUACUUUUACACUGUAAGAAGCAUACUGGUCAAACCAACAUGAAGUAUGUUCAUAAUGUGCAUCAAAAAUGGUGCAGGUUUAAGGGGCAAUGCAGUAUAUUUUUACUGAUGGUUUAUGAUUUAUUUUUUUUUCCUUACGAUCAGUUGCAUUUACAUACUUUUAAAAAAAGAGUUUUUUCCAUCAAACAACAAAUGUAUACCUGCAAGGGCAAACCCAACUGGCUGUGUCAGAUAAAGGAACUAUUUCUAUUCAGAUGAAUAAGAUACUUAUUUUACAAACUCUUACUUUGUUAUCUAGGACACUGUAAUUAUGAUGUAAUUAUGAAAGUCUAAAUUCAAAAUACUUUUAAACUUGUCUAUGUAAUCUCAGUGUAAAAUAAGGUACUGGUCUAAGAGCAUUGCUGUAGCUUUGCCUAACAGUUAUGAAUUGUAUUUAGCUGCUGCUUUUUGAAUGUUUAUUAUUUUGCUACGACUUUCUUCUAAUAUUUUGCUGUGCCAGCAUUCGUGAAUGCCAGCAUUGGAAAGUAACUGCUGUCAUACAUUUGUGAGUAAAAUCAGUCUAUCAUUUUCUCUUGAUAGUGAUUCAGGCUUCUUACAAAUAAGACAAAAUUGACAGAGGCAUACUGUCAGUUCUUAGUGUUUCACUGCUAUUUGGGCUCCAUCUUACACCAGGUUCAUGCAAGAGGUUCAUGUGUCACUAGUCCCCUUCCUGGUUAUGAAAGUAUCAGGGGGAAGAGUGAACGUGGGUGGACAAAUGCAUGUGUGGCUGUGGUGUGCCUGUGCUUGGCAACGUCCAGCUGUCUCUUCUGAGGCUCUGAGCAGAGUGUUCUCAGCUAAUUUGCAAGUGGCUUUUGCACCUCUCCAAACCACUGCAUGGAGGCUGGCCAGGCAAAGAGCAGCACAGAAUCUAAAGGCUGUAUUUUCAGGCAGCUUCACAGACACCUGCUAUGAAUUACACUUCUUUUGUUUGCAGUUUAAGGGCUCUACAGAACCCAGCCUCUCAUUUGCAACCUUGCACGUUUUUUCUGUCUUGCCUAUUGCCAGCAUUAUGCUCUGGCCUCUAGUGUGCCAGGCACUUUGUCUUGCAUAAGGAAUUAUGAUUCAGAUCUGUCAGUCAGUAAUGAACCUUUUGAGGUACAAAUAUCUGUCAAAGCUUGAUAAGGGCAACACAAAUAAUUAUGUCCAGCUGCACUGGCUUCAGAGGCUCUGUGCAUGGGUAUCUGGCUAUGAGAUUCACAUCUCUUUGAUCUCUUAAAUCAGAUCUGUAUUUAAUAUAUCCCUAUUUCCUUUUGUUACUAAGACUGCAAUGUGCAUCAUAAUUUUAAAUUUGACUCUAAUCCUGCAUGGGUCUUCUCAAUGUUGUCCUAAUAGAUUUCUGCACAGACUUCAUUUUACUUUUAGAUGAGCCUUUUUGCCCAGAUUUACUGAGCCAUUCUUACUCAAUAUUGCAUAUGAUUAGGCUUAAGCAAGAUCUCUUCAAGUGAAACGAGCUGAAACACACAUUAAGGUGAGAUACUGAGUAGGACAAAAAUCCAGAGCCCCUGUGUUCCUGAACUGUACUCGUCAUGUUAAGCAGAAUUUAAGGUUUAGCUGAAAUCAGAGUCAAAAUUUCAUACCUAGCCUGGUGUCAAGGGGAUUUCAGCCUGUACUGAGAAUUGAUAAGGAGUCUACCCAUUUUUUUUGUGGGAAUUAACUGAUGCUUUCCUCAUGUCCCUGCAUAUGGGUGAAUUUAGGACUGUAGAAAUAGAAGGCAUUUCCUAACAUGCAUCCUGUACAUUGAGCAUCACAGCAUCACAAGUCCUUAGUGUUACAACUAGCCAAAAGGAUGAGAUACUUAUUUUCAUUAGUAUUUCACUACUCACAGUGCUUCUUAUAAUGACAUACGGCAUGUGUGUUAAUGAAAAGUGAAAUAUCUUACAGUCCUUAUAGCUGUGACAUGCAUUAGUCAAGAACAACAUGAUAUUUUCUUCCCUUUGUCUCAAAAGUCCAGAAUUAUUCCCAAUACCGAAUUCUAUUCUGGUUUCCACUGUCACUCUGAAUAACUACAUUUGAAUUGGAUUACAUAUUAAGCCACCAAAAAAUAAAUACUGCUCAAGAGAUUUUAAUAAAUAGGUAACACUCGGGAGUGUAUCCUGCAUUUAAAAUAGAGAAUACUCCCAGGCAAGAAAUCCUUCCUGCAGCAGAGCAAUUUUUCAGAUCCCUCUCCAGAUUCGUCACCAUCCCUUCCACCUCCAUACAGUACAAUAUGAAGUCUGCAGGCUGGUGUGCUGCAGGCAGGAACGUGAAUUAAAACUCUUGCUGCAUAGUGAUACUUCCUGCUGUCCUGGUUAAAGUGGGCCUCCUUUUCCUGGUUACACUGAAUGCAUUUAAACUGCAUGCACAAUUGCUUACAUUCUUAUUCAGUAAAUAGCCACAGUUGCUGUAGCUUUCAGAAAAGGCUGCUGGACACAGACCAUAAAGCAGUAUUUUUGUGUUGCUCCUAUGUCACUGACAUCAAGUUCAGCCCUUAAAAUAGACUGGUUUAGAGAUUCUGGUUAUUAGCAACACUACAGUGAUUUUACCCCCUGAAAAUCAUGUUAUACCCUUUGAGAGAAGGGCACUGAUGCUUUCAGGAAGUGUAUAAUGUACUUCAUUAAAUAACCAGUAACAGCCAUAGGGGUUGGGGUUCUUUUCAUUUCUUUGCAGAAAGUAUUAAUACUACCUUGCAAAAUUACGCAGUUUUCACUUAAUCAUUUCAAUUAAUCUUUCCUAAAUUACCCAGUACUUUGUAAUUAUAAUAUUUGCAGCUAAUUUAGUGCCAUGCUAAAAAUCACUGGUUGCAUAAUAUGAGCAAUUAACAUUUAUUCAGGGUUUUUUCCUGUUGCAGGGGGAUGUAUCAAUUACCCUCCCUGGCCUUUCUGUACACCUCAUUAACACCUGCUUAAAUUAUUCUACAGGCUACGGACAUUUCAUUUGAAAACUCAAUGUGUUGCUGGUUUUGUGAGCUCCCUGCAAUCACACAGUUGUAGAAAUGGGUUUUCAGGGAAACAUGAAAACAUGUUUUCAUAUUUCUUCUGGGUUUAUGAGCUACGCAUUUAGGCUCUUACACCUAGAGUAGGUGCUGACAUUUUUAAGGCAGUUCAAAUGAGAUUGUUAGAUACCUCUUCCCUAUAAUGAAGGACAGUAUCCCAGAUUUGUAGCCUUGUUUAUUCAGAAUUGAAAAAGGAAAGCAGUAAGGCACCAAGAAUAUAGAUCCAAGUGUAACUUUCACAUUUAUAUAUGAAAAUAUAGUUAAGUUUAACUAAUCUGAAACUAUCAAAAGCAUUGCUGUGCUGGAGUGUAAAGGAUACUAGGUGAAAGUUGUGGACAUGAAACCAGUUUACUUCAAUCUCAUAAGUAAGCUUCUAGGUAAAUAGUAAUUUUCUACGUAAAUGCAUAGUAUAUUGAGGACCAUCAUCUGAGCUUUCUAAAAAGGAGAUCUGAAAAAAAAACCUUUCUAACAAGGAUGACAAUAUCAAAUAUUUACAACCUCUACACAGGCAAAAUUAGGAAAGCAAAAAAGGACCCAAAUCUUUUCUGUGGGUAUGAAAUGUUGCAGCAGACCCUCAGCUCCUAUAAAUCAGUGUAGCUCUUUUGAUUUCAGUUUAACUGUGUAAAUGUACCCCAGCACAGUAUCUAGCCCAAGAAUGUGAAUUCCUUCCCAUCUUUUUGCAGGUGCAGAAAAUCAAGAGUAACUGCAGUGAAUACAAAAUUUGCAUGGCAGUUUUACACUGCUGGUGCUACUGAUCAGAUAGUGCCUUAAUGCCUGAAAAGAAAUCCUGUUACAGAUGGGAUUUUUCCUCUCUAGGGGCCUUUUCCAGGAGCAGCAGGUAUGAUUUGGAGCUACAAGUAGAUAGUCAUACAGUGGGUAGAAAACCUUUCUCAGAGAAGGUUUGCUGAUACAGAUCAGGCCUUGAGGUAGAUCAAGUUUGAUUUUUCUGUUUCAUGUUAAAACAUAUAUCCAGAACUUAAACUGGCCUCGAAAACUAACUGAGACUCAGUGGAGAGCACUGAUCAUGGCUUUGAUGUUUUCAAAGCAGCUUAAGCAGCAGAGAAACAGGGAGCCAUGUUCUUCUCCAGCAGAAGCUUGUGUAUCUUUGCAUUGUGAAAGAUAAAAUUACCUCUGAGAUUCCAGAUUAGCAGUGACGAGUUUGAUGCCCCAUCCCUGGCAGUGUUCAAGGCCAGCUUGGACAGGGCUUGGAGCAACCUGGUCUAGUGGAUGGGGUCCCUGCCCAUGGCAGGGGUUUGAAACUGGAUGGGCUUUAAUGUCCCUUCCAACCCAAACCAGUCUGAUUCUGUGAUUAAGAUUGGGAGUUCGUGUAGCCUGAUGUUCUAUGGAGAAGAAAUGAAAUUUCCUCCUAAGCAGAAAUAAAGAAGACUGUAUUUUGUAUUAUGCUAAAUAUCCAGCUUGGAAGGGAACCAAAACAGGAUGUCGGCCUCACAAAGAGAGAGAUUCUUCUCAGUGGGGUUCUUCUCGGUGCAUGUAAUGGUAAUGGUGUCUGUCUGCUUGUCAUGAAAGAGGAUGUCCACCCUUUGGCUCUUUUCUGGGUCUUGAGAAAAGCUACAGUUUAUGUCUCAAAGAUGACAAAUCAUUUAUAGGCAGGAGUUGUAGGCAAGUCCUCAGAACUGUAAAGAAAGCGGUAAGACAUUUGGUGGUGGUCUCAUUGAGAAAUGACAAAAUGAAUUUAACUGACAUAUUUGAACUUUUGCAUUAGGGAUGAACAACAGAGUUGAAACCUACUUCCAUAACACUGCAGUUGCAUAUGAGAGCAGGCUAAUGUAGCAGCAAUACUAUAUGUUUAUUGUAUCCCACUUAUAAUAUGGGGCAGUAUUAGAAUAAAAAUGGAUGUCAGUACACUAAACCUUGCAUAAUACAACCACUUACUGUACUUUGCUAUCAGAACUAAUACAGUAUGAAUGUUUACAGUACACUGGGGUAGAAAUUCUAGUAAAAUAUGUGCUUUGUCAUUUAGCUUUUUCAAUAAUUAGUUUAUGGCCUCCUAGUCUUUUUUUAGUUUAUUUUAUUUUACAGGAAUUAAUAGGCCACUUACAUUUGUAUUUUACAUUAGUUGCACCAUGGGUAUUCGAAGUUCCAAAAUAGACUGGUUUUGCCCUAAGCUGUAUUCAAGCUUGAAUAAUUAUUUCUAUCUCCCAAGCACGUGUUUUAUUUGCAGUAUAUCGGCUUCUUUUUAUUGAAUAAAUUUGUCAGUCUUCUUCAGUUUGUUUUCAGUGUUCAGUAUGAUAAAAGGCAAUUUGAAAAGCAGCCUGAAAACAAUGUCUUAAAAGAACAAGGCUACUUUGAAAAGUUCAGGUGAAGAGUGUGUUUUGUAAAGGGCACUGAACUAUGAAUGGGACUAAAAAUAAAUAAUCCACAGUAGGAAAUUGUUGUCUAUUAGAAUUUUUGUAUUUUUUCCCUGAAUAUUUUACAUCAACUUUGUCGGAAGUUACAAAGCUGAUAAAUCUUAAAUAAAAAAUGCUUUGAAUAAAGGUUGCAGACCUUGAGAACUGCUGAGGAACUCAGUA